GCAGACAAAUGACGCAUUUUCCAUCACUGGUAUAAAUACACAGCAUCAUUCUCUGUCAGCAGCCGAGACUCACAGUUCAGACCCUCUCUGCUGCACCAGGCAGUCCAACAGUCCACUAUGUGCUCUUCAAGGCGGGACGGUGAGUUGCGCACUAGGCUCUUCAUCAAGUAACAGAAGCUCUCCAAACACUUCGAGUUCACCAAAAAUGGAGGGCACGAACAACACGACAUCGUGGUUUCAGUUUGAAAACUCUUCCAACAAAACGCCCAAACCCGAAGACGAGGAGGUGAAGCUGAGUUACCAAGUGGUCACAUCGUUCCUGCUUGGCGCGCUCAUCCUGUGCGCAAUAUUUGGGAACGCGUGCGUCGUUGCGGCCAUCGCCUUGGAGCGGUCUCUCCAGAACGUGGCCAACUACCUGAUUGGCUCUCUGGCUGUCACCGACCUGAUGGUGUCGGUGCUGGUGCUGCCCAUGGCGGCGCUUUACCAGGUGUUGAACCGGUGGACUCUCGGGCAGAUUCCGUGCGACAUCUUCAUCUCUCUGGACGUGUUGUGCUGCACGUCGUCCAUCCUGCACCUCUGCGCCAUCGCUCUGGACAGAUACUGGGCCAUAACCGAGCCCAUAGAGUACAUGAAGAAGAGGACGCCGCGGAGAGCCGCAGUCCUCAUCAGUGUCACCUGGCUCGUAGGUUUCUCCUCUCAGUGCCGCCCAAUGCUGAUCAUGCGCUCCCAGCCCGGCAGCGUGGCAGAGGACAGGGCAAACCCCAAGCAGUGCAAGAUCAGGCAAGACCCGUGGUACACAAUAUACGCGACCUUUGGGGCUUUUUACAUCCCGCUGACGCUAAUGCUUGUUUUAUAUGGACGGAUUUUCAAAGCCGCCAGGUUUCGCAUCAGGAGGACGGUGCGUAAAACGGAGAAAAAGAAAGUGUCCGACUCCUGCUUGGCGCUUUCUCCUGCCAUGUUCCACAAAAAGACUCCCGGUGACGCGCAGGGCAAAAGCUGGAAGAGGAGCGUUGAGCCCCGGCCGCUGCCGAGCGUCAACGGCGCGGUGAAACACGCGGAGGACGGCGAGUCUCUGGAGAUCAUUGAAGUUCACAGCAACUUUAAAGGCAACCUGCCGCUGCCCAACACCCCGAGCUGCGUGCCUUUGUUCGAGAGCAGGCACGAAAAGGCAACCGAGGCGAAGAGGAAGAUCGCGAUGGCCCGGGAGCGCAAAACGGUGAAGACUCUGGGGAUCAUCAUGGGCACCUUCAUCCUCUGCUGGCUGCCCUUCUUCAUCGUUGCCCUGGUCAUGCCUUUUUGCCAGGAGUCGUGCUACAUGCCCCGCUGGCUGGAGGAUGUAAUUAACUGGCUUGGCUACUCCAACUCUUUACUGAACCCGAUCAUAUACGCGUACUUCAACAAAGACUUUCAGAGCGCUUUCAAGAAAAUAAUCAAGUGUCAUUUCUGCAGACCAUGACGGGCGUUGAUUUGAGAAGAGGAGCAGCCCUAAACAACCAAGAGCCUAUAAAUGAGAUAGUUUUGAAGACUGAAUUAUGAUAAAAAAUCACAGAGGAGGGCUGACAAUAAUUACUGUUGAUCAUCAUCAUUAUUAUCAGUGCUGAAACGCUCCCAGAAGAUGUCCGUGUAGGCAUAGAUAACGCUGUGACGUCUGAUUGAAAGCUCCGUGCUCCUCAUCCUGUUCUGUAAUGUUCAAUAAAGAAACAUUUUUUUAUACA